CCAAAAGUGUUAAUUGGGAAAAAUAUUCACAAAAAAUUAAAGACGUAAACAUUCAAUUUUACCCGAUUACUAUUCUCUGAUCACUCUCUUGAAAAAAUAAAAUAAAAGGGAAAAAUCAGACCUCUCAACUGAAAAAUAAUCUGGCAUAUUCACAUAACGGUCCUCAGAAUUCCAAGCCUCUAAGCAACCAAAGAUUAGUUCAAUACCAAGUCGCUGACAUGUUCUUUUCUAUACCCCUAGAUUUUUGGUUGUAAAUCCCUCGUGAAUCUCCCUUAUUAGGUAGUCAGUCCUUUUUUUCUGGCUCGGAAGACAAAAAAUUCAACUUAGAAAUCAAGACCAUCUAUGAACUUUGCUCUGUUUCUUUGCUCUGUUUUUGCUUCAAACUGAAAUAAAGAGAUUGAUGGAUUUAACCGAUGGGCAAGCCGGGGAAGAAGAUUGUGUUGUAUACCCGGUUUGAUUUUGUGAACAUGGGUUAUGAUAAUGGAUUUUUCCACUCUAAAUUGGCCCUCUUCUCCGGCUCUUUAUGGGUCUCUGUCUCUUCCUUUUUGCUUUCUCUGUUCAGAUUUUUCAUCAAGAUUUUCUACAGAUAUAUUAAAGAUGAUAUUUCCAAGUUGAAUAAUUCUUCUCAUUCCAACAUUCUUCCCCAAGAAAGCAGUCAAAUUGACUCCAGUCCUAUUGAGCCAGAAGCUCUGCCAAAGGAGCUCUGUUCUGAAAUUUUCAGUAGCAAAGAUUCGGAAUUCCAUGCUUUCGAUUCAGAAAAGACAUCAAAAUCAGAUUUUGUCUUCAAAUUUAAGUUCCCGACAUAUGAAGAAUUCAGAAGAAGCGAUAAAGGGAAUGAUGGUUUUGGGAUUUUGGAUACCACUUCUCCAACAAUCAACAGUGAGUUAGAAAACGCGUUUGUUUCUGCUGAAAAGUCGAGCCAUUUGAAUGAUGAACCAGAAAUUAUAAGCUCUAGCAACAAGUAUGAGGUCGUGUCUGGACGGAGUCUUAGCUGCUUCAUAGAGGAAGCACAAGUUUCAAGCUUUUCUGUCGCAGAAUUAUAUAAUCAUCCUAAUGGUGAUCCUCCUGGUGAUAAGGAGGUUUCCCAUUGUGGGUUUUUUUCGGGGAAAGAUUUCGUGAAAGAAAGUUCGGAAAUUGAAGCUGUCGGUGAAGUAGUUCCUUCUAAUUCUACAGACACAGAAAGCAAAGAAGAGGAGGCAGAGAAGCCAACAUUCACAGAAAAUUCGUACGCUAAGGAAGAGAAAUUGGAGAGAUGCGAAAACGAUUUUCCAGGUAAACAAGAUGAUUUUCUCACGGAAAGAAACUUCGUGGAUUCGGAUUCCGACUCCCAGUCCAUCAGUUCAAGCCAUGAAUUCUCGGUUAUUAGUCCGUUCAUUGGUUCAACCAGUGAUGGUUUUCUGUCAGAUACGGAUUUUGAAGGAAUUAAUGAGCUCCGUAAUGCUUUUAGGAACCUUGAUGGACGGAACUUGGGAAUGGAAAAGGAUGAUUUUGAUGGUUUGGAUGAGAUUGAUUUGCAGGGCAAUGAUUUUAAGGAAGAAGAUGAAGAUAUAUUGGAAGAGCUUGGAAAGAUAGAAGAGUCAGAAAAGUUGUCUGGGAACGAUUCGAGAGCUGAAGAUUCCAAUGGCAGAAAAGGGAAACCAGUAGAUGGUUCAGAUAGUUGUGGGAAACCCAAUGAGGAAAAUCUAUCACCAAGUGAUUUAGAGGAUCCAAAUGGAUUUGAUACCUUGUGGGAGCAUCAAGAACUGAUUGAACAGCUUAAGAUGGAGCUCAAAAAGGUCAAAGCCACAGGUCUGCCUACUAUUCUUGAGGAUUCUGAGUGCCCAAAGAUGAUGGAAGAUCUGAAACCAUGGAAGAUUGAUGAGAAAUUCCAACAUGGUAAUAGAUUAAGUGAACUUCACAAAUUUUACAAGAGUUACAGAGAACGGAUGCGAAAAUUCGACAUUUUGAAUUACCAGAAGAUGUAUGCAAUAGGUGUAUUGCAGUCAAAAGACCCACUUCACUCAUUAUCAAGCUGUAAACCCUCAUCUCCUCCACCAAUCAUGUCUCUUUUAUCCCAGAACUUGUGGCGAUUCAAACGCAAAAGAAUCGAUUCGGACCCUAUGAUGAAGUUCAUCAGAGAGCUUCAUGGUGAUUUGGAACUGGUUUAUGUUGGACAGCUGUGCCUUUCUUGGGAAUUUCUUCAGUGGCAAUACGAGAAAGCCUUUGAGAUAUGGGAAUCUGAUCCAUAUGGAAUAGGACAGUACAAUGAAGUUGCAGGAGAAUUUCAACAGUUUCAGGUUCUCAUGCAAAGAUUCAUAGAGAAUGAACCUUUUCAAAGGCCAAGGGUGGAGAAUUACGUCAAGAAUCGAUGCGCUAUGCGUAAUCUUAUACAAGUUCCUGUCAUAAGAGAAGAUAGUUCAAAGGACAAAAGGAAAGGCAGAAAAAAAGGGACAGACAAUGGUGCGAUUACAGGUGACAUGCUAUUAGAGAUCUUGGAAGAGUCAAUAAGAACCAUUUGGCGAUUCAUACGAGCAGAUAAACACGCGCAUACUGCUGCGGUUCUAAAAUGUCGAAGGGUAACUGAGGCAGAACUUCAAGACCCUGCGGACUCAAAGCUGUUAAUGGAAAUCCAAACAGAUCUCCAAAAGAAAGAGAGGAAACUAAAAGAGCUCCUGAAGUGUGGAAAUUGCAUUCUGAAGAGAUUUCAAAAGCAUGAAGAAGAUGGAACAGACCACCUUUACUUCUUCUCUCAAGUGGAUAUGAAAUUAGUGGCAAGAGUUUUGAACAUGUCUAGGAUUACAACCGACCACCUAGUUUGGUGCCACAAUAAAUUAAGCAAGAUCAAUUUUGUCAACAGAAAGAUACGGAUAGAGCCUUCCUUCUUGCUGUUUCCAUGCUGAUGAUAUAGUUCUAGUUUUAUUUUUCUGAUCCUUUUUUUUCUGUCCAAUUUCUCCAUUUUCCAUGUUUAUAUUAGAUGUUUGUAAUUAUAAGAGCCAAUGACUUUCAGCUAAGCAGGCAGUUCUGAUAUCAUUGUGUCCAAUUGUUACUGCUAACCUCUGUAUCAUAUUGAGGCAGGAAUAUAGACAAGAGUUUACGACAUUAUUUCA